CAAAAUAAUAAGGCUACAUUCGUUACGACUUGCAGUAUAAAGAAACAAAACAUCCCACAAAACCAGUUAACUGCUAUCAGAAAAUACAAGUCAGCCGAAGACAUUCCACUGAAGAAACUUGUGAACUGGAAUGAAGUUUAUGUGUUUGCUGAAGACCAUAUACUUUUGCAUUAUGUUCAUUGGCUUGACUUGCCAUUGAAUACCUAUACUCUGAUUAUUGACAGUGAUAUGGAUGCUUGGAUGGAAGUUAAAGCCCACAAAACAGACAAACAGCAGUAUUACGGAAGGCCAAUUGCACAGAGUAUUGUGGAAUCUGAAUUUGGAGGGACAGCCUCUAUUUCGAGACAACAAAAUUUGGGAAUCUCUGUUUCAGGAAACCCAGACGUUUCUUAUUCCUAUGGUUUCUGGAGGCUUUUUUCUGCCAAUCUUGAUACUAAUGUAGCAUUUGCUUUGACUGCCGGGAUUGAUUACACAGCAGAAGCUUCGUGCAAUAUACCCGAAAAUGGAUACGGCGCUUUAUUUAUGUUCGAGCCAAGAGACACCGUCAAUACCGAAUACCGGACUUGGGCGUUGCAAAAAAGUUCUUUCAAAAAGAAUAAGUAUGUGGCUGGAGAAUGGGAAGAAAAGACAUUUGCAGCUAGAACUUUUGAUAACCCAGUAUUUGUAUGCACAUUGGAUCCAGAGUAUAUUCAAAAGGUCUUGGGAAUAGAAGAUAAAGGUAUGAUCCCCAACUACAAUGAGUUCAUUCCUCACGGACUUAUCUAAACAAUCUAUUCAAACUAGUCUGCUAGUGAGGUUCUCAGUAUUGGAAAACGGGUUUUUCCUCAUCUCUAAAAUUUCCCUUUACUGUCCACGAUGUCCCAAAUCAACGAGAUUGCCAAAGAAUUAAAAGGAAACUUAAAACAAUUCCCUAACUUCCCUUCUGAAGGGAUCCUUUUCGAAGAUUUCUUGCCUAUCUUCAGCAAACCCGAAUUAUUCCAAAAGUUGGUCGACGCCUUCAAGUUGCAUGUUGGCGACAAAAAGGUCGACUACAUUGUUGGAUUAGAAAGUAGAGGCUUUUUAUUCGGCCCAACCUUAGCCUUGGCUUUGAAUGCUGGUUUCAUCCCCGUGAGGAAGCCUGGUAAGUUGCCUGGACCAACCUUUCAAGCUGAGUUUCAAAAAGAAUAUGGUAGUGACAAAUUCGAGAUUCAACAAGGGGUCAUUCCUGAGGGAGCUAAGGUAAUCAUCGUGGAUGAUAUUUUGGCCACCGGAGGAAGUGCUAGUGCUGCUGGAGAAUUGGUCAAAUUAUCAAAGGCUGAAGUGAUUGAAUAUUUGUUUGUAAUGGAAUUAGACUUUUUGAAAGGUAGAGAUAAAUUAGGUAAACCAGUCUUUACUUUAUUAAGCGGACAAGCUGAAAAGUUGUCCUCAUAGCUAGAAUGUUUAUAUUAAUAUAACUUAUAUACACAAAUAUGGUUAUCCACUUUUGAAUACCAAAAAUGCCAAUUCUCCAAGGUAAAAGUAUGUAAAACACCCCUGGUCAUGGGUCACAUACGAGCCAAAACUUUCACCCACAAUAACAUGCCAGCUGGGUCCAUAUAAUUGGUCCAUUUCUUUCUUCAUGUACGCAGCAAUCUCCUUUUCAACCUUGUAGUUAUCAGUUGCCUCCAGCGCAAGUUCAAACACUUUAGUCUGGAUCUCAUCGGGCAAGUCGGCGACCCUCAAAACGGUUUGCUUUUCAGACAUUAUUUGAUCUUGAGUGUUUACGAUUCUAAAAAUGCGCUACCAUGAAAAACUGAUUGCGUGAGAUAUCCAGGUUGUGUCAUUUGUGAGCCUA